UGAAGCUCGACGGAAUAAGGCCGUAUCUGUCGUUCUUAUGGUUCUGUUCUCGUGCUGGACGAAGCGAUAAUGGAGACGACAUCCUCGGGGCAGUCCACCAGGCCACCGUUGCCGACUCGGCGGCCUACGAAACGCCUGUUGUUCGACAGGCGCUACGGUUGGGUCUUUGAUGAGUGGAAGGAUCCUUCAGAAGAAGCUUUAGCUGGUGGUCGAGGAAUGUUUUGCAUUUUGCCGAUCGCGAAGUCAAUGCUGAAUGUCGCAUCGUUGUCGUCAAUGGCAAAUAUUAAGGAGUUGAGCACAUGGAAUAUUCUCACUACAGUCAUCCUAGUGAAUAAAUACAGGCAGAUCAGUCUUGCAGCAGAUUUUGUGAUCAAAGCUCUUAAGUCUCCUAUUCAACUUUCUCGACAAGAAUUGCAUGCUAACCUGUGUAGUCAGUUUCAUAAGCUAGCACUUAAUAUGCAGGGAUGGAAUCUUAAGUUGAUAACCUUGGGUAAUAGGAGACAAAAUGCCAUGAACUCUGAAGAGGUUCCUACAAACUGAACCAAUCCCUCGGCUGCAUCAUGCUGCAACUCAAUGGAUUCUGUUAUGAUGAACUAUUGGAGUAUGAUGUUUGUUUGAGAUGUAUAUGAAGAUUUACAUUUCAUUCGAGGAAGUUACUGAAUCUUGUGAGAA